AUGGCACCAACACUCUCAAUAUCCCAAUCCACACUCGACAACCUCCCCCUCGCCAAACUCCAAAAACGCUGGACCCUCCUCCACCAGCACUCACACACCAAACGCGCCGACCAAUGCAGCGACUACGACUUCUCCUGCACACGGCACCGGGGCCUCAUCAUCGGCGUCGUCUGCGCCGUCAUGGGCCUCCUCUUCAUCUUCGCGAUCCUCUUUUGGCGCCGUCAUUCCAAGGCCACACGCCGAAUCCGCGACGCCGAGCACCAGCGCCGCUGGCCCUACGAGUACCAGCAGCAGUUUCAGCAGCAGCAGUAUCAGCAGUACCAGGGGUGGCAGAUGCGGGCGUCGAUGCGGGCGCAGCAGCGGAAGGAGGAGGAGGGCGUUGCUGUUGUUGAUGCUGGGACGGUCGGGUUGGCGGUUAGUACGCCCAGUGUUGGUCAGGGCCAUGUGGGCGCGGCUGGCUUUGGAGGUAUGAGUCCUGUGUCGCCACUUGAGGGGGACGAUGGCGCCGUGUAUGGGGAUAGGAGACGCGGUGUGAGUGGUGUCCCGGCGGAUCUGCCACCACCGUAUGAAGCGACGAUGCCGCAGGUUCCUGGGGAGGCUAGGACGAAGUGA